UUCAAUUUAAGCCAAUUUAAUUCUUUAUAUAUUCAAGUUUGACUCAACAUUUUGGCACUCAUAAAAUAACACUAUUUGGAAAGACCCUUAACCUGAACCUGAACCUUGACUUGCUCUUGGUGAUGACGUAUCAGUGUAAGUUUUCUUGAAUUCACAUAAAAGCAUUCAUGCUAUCAAACAUAUAUGUAAUUCGAUAAAUGUAAAACGUUCAGUAUGACAGUCCAUGCCCAAGUCUGAGAAUAACUCUAGCCUGCUUAGACACCACAGUGCCCUCCAAAAAUAGCCAGUGACCACAGAACACCCUCACACCCAUCCACUCCCCCAGUCACAGACACAGACAACCACCCUGGUGCAGUGCUGAACCACUAUCCUUGGCCUCUUCACUCAGUUUGACUGGCGAAAGCAUGAAGAUUGGGGCUGCUGCUCUGGUUGGGGGUUUGCUUGGGGUUCCGGGGUUUCUGUGUUUCUUGUUGGCAUUCGGUACGGAUUACUGGCUCCUAGUGCAUGAGGACUGCGUGUUCAAGCAACCGAGGACAACGACAUACACUGUAGCUCAGAUCAACAGCACAGAGGCCUCAGAGGUGGAAGAUCCGAACCGUUCCUUUCUCACUCUCCAUCAUGAGGGAUUUUUCUGGCGCUGUCUAUUCCAGCAUGACUCCACCCAACAUUUAUUACUGGCUGUUCUAUUCACUAACCAGCCAAGAUCGAAAGAAUGUAUACAAGGAUACCUGUUCCCCCUGCCUGUUGCAGUUGGACCUGUUCCUCAUAAUAUUUAUGAUGCGACUGCAGUAUUCCGUGGAUUCUGGACCGUGCUCAUAAUCCUGGCCGUUGUAGCUAGCGUGACCGGGGGCUUCCUGCUAGUUUGUGCAGUUCCCUUCAUCAGCCAGAAACUCUACCGUGUGGGUGGUGCGUUUCUCAUCACAGCAGGAUGUCUGUUCCUGGUGCUGGUGGGUCUGUUCAUACUGUGGAAGGAGCUGGUCAAUGUGAGACAAUAUAUUCUACAGGAGAGAGGAAGGGCUUGCCCUGAUGCCCAUCUGGAAGCACAGUAUGGCUGGUCCUUCAUUGUUGCAGUGGCUGGUAUCCCUUUGAUACUUCUCUCUGGUCUUCUUUUCUAUUGCAUAGGAAGAUAUCUCCAAAAGGACAUUUAGACAUAAAUAGUGUUUUGAGUUGUGUUUAAUAUACGUAAUAAAAAUGCUUGGAUGUGGAAUAAGCAGCACAGUGAAUCUUGAUGUUGGAAAUUAUACAGGCAGAACUUCAUACAUCUUCGUUAUAAGAUAUCUAUAAGGUCUC